AUGCUAGAGGUCAUUCCGAGCUCCAACGAGAGGUUUGAAUUGUCCAUUAUCCGAAUUGUUCGUGGAGCUACAUUAAGCAAUCGGGCGUCAUCUUACACGCUACUCACGCACGCACGCUUCUUCUCUACUUACAUAACACCUCUCCAUUCCUUCUUCCUCCAAUUCCUCUCUCCGAUUGUAGAUGGCAUUUUCAAUUGGAGUAUGCUCAAGUUCUGCUCUCGAAGGAUUAACGAUAAUUAUUUUCGGAAACAAAAGUCAGAAAUCAAGUGUUUAGCAUCAGAGGAAAGUGUAACUCGUGCGUCAGAAUCUGAAGAAAAUGUUAGUGCAACUAGCUCUGGUUUUGUAGAGGAUGAUGAUUUAAGCCAUGUAAUGAAGUUCAAGAUGUCAGACUUCAAAAUUCACGAUCGUGUUAGCAUUGGCCUGUGUGGCAGGGGGAAUGAGGUAGUGUAUGAAGCCACCAUGAAAGAUCCUCGUAGUCCACUGUAUAACACAAGAGUUGUUCUUCGGCGGCUUAUUAGUGCUCAGGCCAAGCGUAGAGGAAGACGGGCAAUAGAGGUGUUAAAGAGAUUGACUCAUAGAAGACUAAUGUACCUUUCUUAUGCGAUGAAUGUUCAUGGCUAUGUUUGCUCAUCCACAACAGGCGACAAUGAUUCAUUUACUCUAGUUCACGGAUACCACGGUAGUUUUUCCUUGAGGCAUUGGCUUCAACAAUCAGAUUGGCUUCCAACUUUGGAAGCUACUCUUGCUUUGGACGAGGAGUCUGUUAGGAGAGUGGGAGAUGAUACAAUAGGAGGGCCAGCGGUUUCUCGACAGUUACGACUUAUCCGGAUUUUAAUGAGGGAUCUCCUAAUCGGAGUGAAUUACUUACACAGCCAUGGACUUGCCCACACAGAGUUGAGACUUGAAAAUUUGCAUAUUUGUCCAGUGGAUAGACAUAUCAAAGUGGGGAUAUUGGGAAAUGCUGCUGACUUUCAUGAGUACAGUCCAGAUGAUAGCAAAAUGGGCAGCUAUAUGGAUAGGCGGCAAAUGAUGAUUGCAUUUGACAUGAGAUGCGUUGGAUUUGUCCUGGCUAAAAUGGUGUCAAGGGACCUAAUGGAUCCGCUGAUUUUCUCAAAGUUCAAAGCAUUCCUCUCCAAGGGAAACGACCCUUCCUGCUUGCGUGAGUUUCUGAUGCACGUUGUCAAUAGAAAUUCUUCAUCCAAAAAUGUUGGAUUCCAAAUACUUGAUAGAAAUUGGGGUGCAGGCUGGAAUUUGCUAUCCUUACUUCUUGCACCCAAACCUUCACAAAGAAUAAGCUGCUUAAAUGCGCUGAGGCACCCUUUCCUCUGUGGACCAAGAUGGAGGGUGGACCCACCAAUGGGCAUGAUCAGAUGGAGUCUUGGUUCAACUGUAGUUCGAAUCACAGAGGAAUACAUUUAUGGCAAGCAGCAGCGACGUAGGCUUGCACAUUUUAUUGAACUAAUGGAGAUGUUAAAUCCUCACUCAAAGCCGAAGCACUGGCUCAACUUGCUUCCAGGCACAUGGCGCCUCCUAUAUAGCACUGGCAGGCACAUAGGACUGACCCUUCGGCAACCUCCUGCCCGAGUCCUUAUUGGAGACGUGCAACUCACAGUAUCUAAACUUUCAAAGCUAAAUGCGACUUUUUCGGUAGCAUCAGACAUUGGCUUCACAGUAAUGCUCGGACAAGAUUGGGCUCACGACAAGGCUGGUGUAAGCGGAAAUAUGCAAAAUUCUAUACUAGAAAAGUUGUCUAGUAAAAAAUGGAAGAACAUAAUUCCAAUAAAGGAAUUUCCUUCUAGUUUGCCUGUAGCCAAACUUGUAACUAGUGAUGUGGAAGUGACGAUGAGUUUAGAUGAGCCGUUGAGUCGAGACAUAGAAACAGCACAGAAUGUAAUUCAAGAAGUUAGAUUGCAGGUUCCACCUGAAUUAUUUGAUCUGUCGAAAAUUGUGUGUGGUACAUAUCUAGAUUCUAGGUUGCUCGUCCUUAGAUGCGUAAAUGGUUCUGCCCUCUUGUUUACUAGGUCUAUUCUUUGUGAAUAA